AUGCCUAUCACAGCUCCCAAGGCCACCAAGGUCCUCGACCUGCUCAGCCUCAAGGGCAAGACGGUCAUCGUCACCGGUGCCUCGGGCGCCAAGGGCAUCGGCAUCGAGGCCGCCCGCGGGUGCGCCGAGAUGGGCGCCAACCUGGCCAUCACCUACUCGUCGCGUCCGGACGGCGCCAACAAGAACGCCGAGGAGCUCUCCAAGACGUACGGCGUCAAGGUCAAGACGUACCAGCUCAACGUGGUCAAGUACUCCGACGUCGAGGCCUUUGUCAACCAGGUCGUGUCCGACUUUGGCAAGAUUGACGGCUUCAUUGCCAACUCCGGCAUGACGGCCGACUCGGGCGUCGUCGAAGGCACCUCCGAGGCUUGGGACAAGGUUAUCCAGGUGGACCUCAACGGCACCGCCUACUGCGCCAAGGCCGUGGGCGCCGUCUUCAAGAAGCAGGGCCACGGCUCCCUCGUCAUCACCGCGUCCAUGUCCGGCCACAUCGCCAACUACCCGCAGGAGCAGACAUCGUACAACGUGGCCAAGGCCGGCUGCAUCCACCUGGCCCGGUCCCUGGCCAACGAGUGGCGCGACUUUGCCCGCGUCAACUCCAUCAGCCCGGGGUACAUCAACACGGGGCUCUCCGACUUCAUCGACCAGAAGACGCAGGAUCUGUGGAACAGCAUGAUUCCGGUCGGCAGGCCGGCGGAGUCGUCGGAGCUCAAGGCGGCGUACGUGUACUUUAUCUCGGACGCGAGCUCGUACACGACCGGGUCGGACCUGGUGAUUGACGGCGGAUACACAACCCGGUAG